UGUUUGUUUACCGGCUGCUUCUGCUGCUGCUGUUGGAGGGAGUGAAAUGGACAAGAAUGAGGACCUGGUCCAAACAAACUGCAGUAAAACACUGCUCAUCCGCCACUUACCAGCUGAGCUCAGCCAGGACGAGAAGGAGGACCUCCUGAAGUAUUUUGGAGCUGAAUCAGUCAGGGUCUUCUCGAGCACAGGUCGUCUGAAACAUACAGCCUUUGCAACCUUUAGAAGUGAGAAGUCAGCAGCAAAUGCUCUUACCAGGCUCCAUCAGUUGGAGAUUCUUGAUCAUACGCUAGUUGCAGAGUUUGCUAAAGGCCAAGAUCAUGUGACAGUAUUAAAGGAUCCACCAGUCUCAGACAGUGGUAAACGUGUUAAAGAAGAGAAGAAGAAGCAGGAGACCCAACAGACAAAUAUUCCUCUCAUAGAGACUGGCGUUGCACCAAGCCUUGGGUUGAAAUUUCAAUCGAAUCCCACUUUGAAAUAUUUAUACCCACCACCUUCUAAUGGCAUUCUGACCAAUAUAACGCAUGCCCUCAUGAGUGUGCCAAAGUUUUAUGUUCAAGUACUUCAUCUGAUGAACAAGAUGAAUUUACCAUGUCCAUUUGGCCCAGUCACUGCCAGACCACCCAUGUUUGAGCUCCUGCCACCUGCGCCACCCAUCCCCAUGCCCCCUCCCUUCCCUCCUGACUACCCCCCUUUACCAGAGGAGGCGAUGGAGCUGUCCAGUGAAGAAGAGUCGGAGUAUGAGAGUGGAGAUGACGAAGACAAGGAGAGGAUUGUUCGUCUGAUAGGCCUGGUCAACCAAGCAUGCAAGAGACCCAUGAGACCAAAAACAGCUUCAAAGAGAAAGAAGCCCAAGAUCAAGGAUCUACUCUAUGCUCCCAAACCAGACUCUCAGAGUGCUCCAGUGCUGCAGCCCUGUGAUGUGUUUGAGCAGCCCCACCCUGCCGGGCCAAAGAAAAUUGAAUUCCACAUUUCGGUUCCAGAGGUAGCCUCAAUGGUGGAAGGACGAGGGCCAGUUACAGUGGCACAGUCUGAUGACGGCAGAGAAGUGGAUGAGAAGGAGGCUGCUCCCUCUCUCAUUGAUGAGAGGGAAGUCGCUGAAGGUUUUGGGAAGCUCUACCCCAGCACCCAGGAGUCCCAACAGCAAGAGGAGCACAGCGACAACGAGCAGGAUCUCACCUCAGGCGUCAUCUCCAGAAAGGAGCUGGAGAAAGGACGUCUCUCAAGAGAUGAGAUGAAAAGGAUGUCUGUGUUUAAAAAUUAUGAACCUGGUGAGCCAACCUGCAGACUGUACGUGAAGAAUAUUGCAAAGCAAGUGGAAGAGAAAGAACUGAAGUACAUCUACGGGAGAUACAUCGACCCUUUGUUAGAAGCCGAGAGAAACAUGUUUGACAUUGUGUUAAUGAAGGAGGGGCGGAUGAAAGGCCAGGCCUUCGUAGGACUCCCCAGUGAGCGGAGUGCAGAGAAAGCCCUGCGGGAGACCAACGGCUACGUUCUUUAUGACAAACCCCUCGUCGUUCAAUUUGCCCGAUCUGCAAGGCCAAAACAAGACAGCACAGAUACCAAGAGAGGUCCAAAGCAGCGAUGAACUCAACAGUAUUCAAGAUACCAAGGUUUGAUACUGUGGCCCAGCAGAACCACUUGUAUCCUUAUUCUGGAAUAUCCUUUGGGAAAAACAAAAGAAAAUGGGGGCAGUUUAUUAGAAGUUAUUGUGGCACAAUUGGAACUUAAAAACAACCGGAUCAGUAUUGUAGUCUAAAAGACUGAGUACCACGCAUUGUUUCCGAGGCUUAUUGUAUUGUAUUGUAUUGAUUAGUGUAGACUCUAAACCUGUGCUAUUUUGGAGUCUCUAAAACUUCUCUUUACAAUGUUCUCUAUCUUGUUUGGCUGAA